CAUAAUAACAAUGGAAAAAAAAUUGGACCAAACCGGAAGAUAGACGAACCGUACGGGAGCUUGGUUCCUCGUCGGCCUCUCCCAGACCAACGUCCGCCUUCAAUAACUCGCUCUUGGUUUUAUCGGUUUAAGAGCCAAUCGCUUCCCAUUUUCUGAGGCUCUCCCUCAAUCCAGUCAAAACUCAAAACCGUUUUUCUUCUCCGAUGGCGAUGCCAGUCGUCGACACCGAGUACCUGAAGCAAAUCGACAAGGCUCGUCGCGAUCUCCGCGCUCUCAUCUCCUACAAGCACUGCGCCCCCAUCAUGCUUCGCUUGGCGUGGCACGAUGCUGGGACUUAUGAUGUGAACACAAAGACUGGAGGCCCUAACGGCUCGAUUAGGAUGGAGGAAGAGUAUUCUCAUGGCUCAAACAAUGGGUUGAAGAUCGCAAUUGACUUCUGUGAAGAAAUAAAGUCUAAACAUCCAAAGAUUACAUAUGCGGACCUUUACCAGCUUGCUGGUGUUGUUGCGGUCGAGGUCACUGGGGGUCCAACCGUUGACUUUGUUCCUGGAAGAAAGGAUUCAAAGAUUUCUCCCAAGGAAGGGCGACUACCAAAUGCUACUAAAGGGGUGACACAUCUAAGGGACAUAUUCUAUCGGAUGGGUUUAUCUGACAAAGAUAUUGUGGCACUGUCAGGGGGACACACUUUGGGAAGGGCGCAUCCAGAGAGAUCAGGUUUUGAUGGCCCCUGGACUAAGGAGCCUUUGAAGUUCGAUAAUUCGUAUUUUGUGGAGUUGCUGAAAGGAGAAUCAGAGGGGCUAUUGAAACUCCCAACAGACAAUGCAUUAUUGGAUGGUCUCGAGUUCCGCCGUUAUGUCGAGCUGUAUGCGAAGGAUGAGGAUGCAUUCUUUAAAGAUUAUGCAGUAUCACACAAGAAACUCUCAGAAUUAGGGUUCGUACCUGGUUCCUCUGGUUCCAAGCCAGUGGUGAAGGAUAGUGCCGUAUUGGCACAAAGCGCUGUUGGUGUUGCCGUUGCUGCAGCCGUGGUGGUCCUCACAUACUUAUACGAAGUUCGAACAAGGAUGAAGUAAAUAAGGUUUCUAAAAUCCAUGUACUGAAGUUCUCCGUAUCUUGUACUAGGGGAAAAAAGGGUGAAUAAUUGAUCUCGUUUUGGUUGCGGUCACAAUAAUAACACUGCAGGCCUCAAGUACACUGAGGCAACUAAAACAUACUUGUUAUGAGUUUUCCGUUGCAUUCCUCUGGAAAGCUUCUUAGUGAAAUCUAUUACAGGUUUAAUGAAGUUUUGGCUAUAA